GUCCUAUUGUAAAAUCAUACUAGAAUAGUAGAAUCACUGUUUACAUUUAGCUAGCCUCAAUGCGUUGUCUCGUGCAUGGAUGUUUAACAGUACGAAUACUACUUAACAUUGUAAAACUCGUUUUGAAAAGUCCUACUCAAAUAAGUUUGUAUCGAUGGGUAAACUCAAUAAAAAGCUAUCGGUAAAACCAAAAUCUAAUGCAGUGAAAAAUUCGGAACCGAAAAUUGAAUCCGGACCAUUUCCUAUAUAUCGUUCAGUACCGGUACAGUUGAAUGGACCAGAGCCUAAAAUUUUUAAAAUCUCGCCAAAGAAAACGAAGGCUUCUAAGAUCCCAGCUUCUGUUGAUCCGGAAUCGCUAGUAAGCAAUGCUGUUGAAGAAGACAAAUUGGUCAAAACUAAGAAACUACGGAAACAGGUUAUUGGAUGGUUAAAUAAAAAGAACAAGAAACGAUUCCGUAAAGAUGAAGUUCUUAAAAAGAUCGAGCUGACGCAGAAGGCUUUUAAAGAUGACAAAGAAAGAAAAAAGCGCGAAAAAACCGUCGUAACUGGCGAUAUGCGUCCGUUGUUAGAUGCUCUACCUGCGCUGGAUUCAUUGUUUAAGUUAAAAGUUGCGGACUCUAUCAAGACCGGGGUUCCAAAGUACGAUAAAAAGGCUGCCCCCAAAACAAAACGCCAAAUUAAGGCAUCUCAAAUGAAGAAAAACCGAGUAGAUUUUCUAAAUCGUUGCAAGAAAAUGAAUCAAAUUUUGAAAUCAAAGAAAUUCAAGAAUAAUCCUAAGAAAUUGAUCGCUGAUCACAUUCGUAAUGUGAGAAAAGAGCAACUCAAUGUGUUGCUGGGAAAAUCUUGAUACUGAAAUCUUGUACUAUAUAUAUUAUAAUAAAAAAGUAAUCAUUAUUAAA